AUGCUUUUUGCGCCUUCUCAUGAUAAUCAUACGUCUCUUGGCGGAUUUUUAUUUAUAAUUGACUGCUGAUUUUUUUGUCAGAAUCAUCUUUAUUUGGAAUGAAUUGACUGAACUUUUCUUCCUUCUCCCUAAGAAAACAUAGCCUUACCAGACAAGCCUCACUCUUACUCACCGCCAUUGAAGAAUCAAUGUCGAAAAAUAUCAUCAUGUUCAACAUUUGGGAGUCAAGAGAAUUUUGGCGAUGUUGGAGAGUUGUAUGCUGAGUUGCAGAGAGUAAGACAAAAGAAUGCAAUGCUUUUAGGCAUACUUUCAGGCUCAGCCAUGAAAGAAAAUGCUCCUUUUCUCAACAUAAACAAUCAACAAAGAAGCUAUCCCUCAAUUGCUCAUCCUGAAGAAGGAAUUGGAGAGGGGCAAAAGAUGGUUAAGUUGAAGACAGGUGAUGUAGAGGAUCUCAAGGAGUUAAAUGUAGAGGAAGACUCUAGCAAAGCAUCUUUCGAUUUCGAUGAGCAGCCUAUAGAAAGCCCUGAAAAAGAUUAUGGGUCUGACUUUGAUGAUGACAGAUAUCAGACACUGAAUAGUUUUGCAGCUGAAAUUCGUAAUAUAAGUAGAUAUGCUCAUAUCAAGGACGGUAGGGAGGUCUAUUUCAUAAAUCUUGAGGAGGACUGCCGUGGAAAAGUGCUCCUCUGCAAGGAUGUAUUGAAGAAAGUUGGCUGCUGCCCAUGUCAUUUUCUGUGGUGCUCCAAGAUAAGACCUCAUAUGUUUUAUGCAAGAUUAAAGAAGGAUGAAGCUGCAAAGCUCCCCAAUGUCAAAGGAGUUUCCAAAGUGAUUAAAGCAAGAGACCACCCUAGGUUGGCAUCUCAAUUGCUCUGGAAAGGGGCGUACGAAUGGUGGAAGCGCACCAAACGCAACCCUUAUGCGCGAAAGUCAUGGACAUGGGCCUACUUCGAUUGGGCCUUCAAGAAAGAGUAUAUACCAGCCCACUUCCGGGAAGAGAAGCGUGCCGAGUUCAUGGAACUACAGCAGGGGAGCAUGACCUUUACCGAGCUACGAGAAAAGUUUGAACAUCUAGCUCAGUUUGCACCUACGCUAGUAUCCUUACCGGCAGAUCGGAUCGAGGAAUUCUGGAAGAAGCUGCUUCCAGAUGUUCGACCGCACGUGUCUAUAUUGACCAUCACUGACUUCUCUGAAGCGUACGACCUUAUGGUGAAGGUUGAGAUAGACGUGGAUAAAUCUCAAGGCAAGCCUGAGUGCUGGAGGGGUUGGGCAAGGCAACUGACUGACGUGGCUAGUGGUGAGCUUUGUGUCAUCUCACCGAAGCAUGUCAUCUCACCAUCUUGCACGGAGCCUCCCACAAAUGCACGAGAGUCCGGGGAGACGUGCAAGCACGAGCUCUAUGUGGGACCAACGUGAUGAUGAAAUAAGAAAUUGAGGGAAGGGAAGAGCUUGAAGAGAUGAGAUCAUCUCAAGCGCAUGAAUUGCUAACAAUCAAAGAGGAGAUGGUUC